CUGAAAAUUUUUGCGGCAGCCAUCAUUCGCAAAACGCCGACAUUGUCUCAAAGUUCUUAGUGCGUUGUCUGCAUAGGUUUCGUUGAAAAAAAGUGCUAGUUGUUAAAAUUAUUCAAGCAGAUUACUAAUUCAAUGUUUUCUGUAGAGAGAAUUUACUACGCUGGUGCUUUGUAGUGCAGUGUUACCUAGAUUUCACUAGUUUCGAAUCCACGCAUACAGACACGGCUUCAGGGGCUAGAGGAAGAACGCCACAUUUUUUUGUCUGGCCAGCGUUUUUGAGAAUCUUUGAUUUUGUGAGUGAUCGAGUGCGCAAAAGGCAAUGGAAGUAGAUGAAAUCGCUGAACCAGCGGCAGUUUCUGCCGUAAACGCAACAGUCGAUCAAUCAGAUUCAGUAACGCCCGAGAAAUUGCCAGAUCCGGGAGGUAUUUUACGAUCGGUUUUGUCUGCUGCAGAACUGGAUGUGAUAGCGCCCGAGACGGUGAAAAAAAUUGAAACCCACUAUGAGCAGAAACUAGAGGAGUUCCUAACGGCGAAAGCUCUCUGCGAGACGGCAAAAACAAAUGUUGAGCAACUCAAAGGUGGCUACGAAACGAGGAUCGAAGAGUUAACGCUGAAAUAUCAGGACGAGUCUUCAAAGUUUCAAUUCUCGCAGCAAAGUGUUAAAGAGCUCCGGCUAGAAUUGGAAGAUGCAAAGCAGGAAUUAACACAGGCUAAUGAGAAGGUCCGUCAAAAUGACGCCAGCACGGCACGCUUCAGGCGGGAGCGCAACGAAGCUGUUAACGAGAGAGAUACGCUAUUGAAUGCUGUAGAGCGCAAAACGCUAGAAGUUGAGCGGCUGCAAGCGGACGUCAUUGGGCUGGAACAAAAAUUGAAGGCGGCCAAUGUGACAAAAUGUGAAGCUCUGGCAAAGCUGGAGGAAAUUCAGAGCAAGGAGUUCUCCUUGGACUUUAAAGAGAAAAGAAUGGAUAAGGAACUGUCCAUGCGAGACAUCCACAUCCAAAAGUUAUCUGAAGAUUUGAAUCGAGCUUUGCAAGAUCUGCAAAAUGUUCGUCGUGAGCAGAACUUCAAGGCUUUAACAACGGAAGCUAAACUUGCAGAAAAGACUGAAGAAUUGAAAAUCGCAACAGCACAAAUUGCUCACUUGAACGAACAAAAUCAAGAGCUUAGUGAAAAAGCGGAAGAUCUAACAACAAAACUACUUCAGCAAAACGAAGAGACAAGGAAGAUGAUGGACCAUUAUCGAAAAGAGCUACAAUCACAGACAAAAUUGUGUGAGCUAUAUCAGGAAGACUGCGAGGAUAACAAGAAGCAAACCGAAGAACUGGGAGCAGCGGUGUCCGAAUUGAAGAAGUUACUAAACGAAGCUAGUGAUGCAUAUGGAAAAUUGGAAACCCAACAAAAAGCUCAAAGUCUCAAGCACGAGAAAGAACUAGAGUCGAAAGAGCAAACCAUUCAACAAUUGAAGGAUGAGUUAAAGAAUGCAAAUGAACUUUUGAAACUUGCACAGGAGGAAAGUUUGGAACAUGCCGUAGAAAAGUUGGCACCUUCGGCGGCGGCUACCAGCCGUUUGAUAAAAUCUGGAAUGACCCUUACGGAGUUGUACACAUUGUAUGUCAAAACGGCUGAAGAUUUGCAGGUUGAGAAGAAGGAAAACAGCAAACUGCAAUUGCAGAUAAAGAAUAUUGUACAAGAGCUGGAAGAACGCGCACCGGAACUAACACGUCAGCAAAAUGAAUAUCAGAACUUGAAGGAUGCCAACGAAGAAAUGAGCCUACAGCUUAAUAAACUGAUCGAAGAAAACGCCGAGGUUCGGUCCGAGUUGGGUUCUGUGCAAGACAAGGUUCGAUUCUUGGACAGCGAGAAUAAGAAAUUCAAGCUAGAGCGAGGAGAUUUGAGUCGUCAAAUUUGUCACCUUUUGCGGGAAAUAGAGCAAAUGCGUGGCGGCUACGCUUCGGAGGCAGAUCAGUCAAUUUCUUCGGAUAUGAGCGCCAAUGAGGUGAUCACAAAGAAGUUGGUAACGUUUAAUGAUAUUCGGGAAUUACAAGAGAACAACGUCAAAUUGCUCCUUGUGGUGCGAGACUUCAGUGCGAAGCUUGAAGAGUUGGAAAUUGCUCAGAAUGCAAUGAGUCAAGCAACGUUCGAGGCAAAAAUCGCUUCCUAUAACAAACGACUGCAAGAGAUGCAGGAAACGCAGGAAUACCAAACGCAAAUGAUGCAGCAGUGCAUACAGCAGCGCGACCGAUACAAGAAGAUGUAUCACGAUGCGAUGCGCAGUUACAAUGCUGUUGGCGGAAAGGGCAAUAUAGGUGCUAGCUUGAACGGGUCGGUGUCCGGAGAUACAGCAGACGCUGCAAUGGAUGAAGAAUUGCCAAGUGCGUCUACAGUUAGUGCGAUUUCCAGUGAAGCAGUUGCCGAAAAAGAGAAGAAGAUUUCCGAAUUGGAGAACAAAGUAAAACAGACUCAACAAAUGCUGACGACACUGAAAGAGGAAUACGAUAAUUAUCGGAAAGAAAAGCUAACUAACGACAAGAUGAUGAACGAGCAAUUUGAUGCCAUGCGUACUGAACUACGGGAGCUGUCCUCGAAGAACAUAAAAUUGGCUGCUACAGUUGAAUACAACAACGAACAGAUCAAGAUUCAACAGAAGAAUGUAGCCACUUAUAAGAAGCAAAUUUCAACCCUGGAAGAGCGAAACAAAAACUACGAAACAACAAUUUCAAAACAAGAAGCUACCAUCAUGUUCUUGAAGGACGAAACAAUGAGUGCACAAUCGAAGCUAGCACGAGCCGAAGUUCAAGUCGAGAACUUGAAGCAUGAGUGUCGUAUUUUGAAAGACGCUGAAUCGCGUCUCCAGACCGAGCGUGAAAUUCUCAAUCGAGAACGGCAAAAUCAAAAUUUACUGCUGAACAAUCUUGAAAUGAUUAAAGUUACCAUGGAACGAUCGGAAGCGGAAGGACGUAUCCGUCUUGAAACUCGAUUAGAUGAAACUUCACGGGAGUGUUCCGCGUUGCGGCGUCGUCUGCAAGAGGAACAGGAUCGUUUCCGCGAACUUACUACUCACUUGGAACGUCAAAUGCAGACUGCUAAACAACGUAUGGAAGAGGAAACAGCUAUCGCCGAAACUGUUCAAGCUGAACUGAAGAAUGCUCGUGAUGAGCUUGAAAUUAAGUCUAGAAAAAUCGACGACCUCAGUAGGAAACUGCAGGAAACUCUUUCGCCGAAUGAUGAAGACAAUCCUGUAACGCAGGCCCAUAAGAAAAUUCGUGAAUUAGAGCAGAAAUUAAAAGAAGCGGAUAUUGAAGUCGAAUCGUUGCGCAAGGAGCUAGCUACCGCUAAGGAACAUGUCAAACAAUACUGCAACAUGUCUGAAUCCUCCGAGAAAGAACUGAAGGACCUCAGUGAGCUGUACAACACCUACAAGACACAAUCCGAAGCAGAACUGGGCACACUUAGGAAGAGCGAAUCAAAUCUUAAAGCUCAAGUCGAAGAGCUACGAACGGAAAUUUCGCUGAAGAAAACAGGCGAACAGCUGACCUCUUCCACUGACAGUGAUUCCGAGCUGCAUAAGGCUCAAUUGGAGCUGAAAGAUGCUCUCGAGAAAAUCAGUGACAACAAUCGAGAUUUACGUGACUUGCGUGAGAAAAACAACUCGCUAAUGGAACAGCUUCAGCUGGCUGAACAAAAGUACGCUAACGAAAUGGUCCAACAUUCCUCUGAUAUUCAGCAGCUUGCUAACUUGAAGGAAGAAGUUCAAAAAACGAAACUCCAGUUUGAUGAUCUCAAACAAGCUCGCGACCAGGCGAUAGAACGUGUCAAAACAAGUGAAGAAUGCUGGAAUAAUCGAGAGGAAAUAAUGAAGAAGGAAAUCGAUCAGCUGGAGGAACGCUUAACCGACUUGAAUUCUCAGAAUGCUGCCUUGCAUGAUCAGAUUCAAAGCCUCAGCACCAAAUUGUCCAUAACGGCAGCACAAGCCUUGGAGCAGACGAAGGAGAAGGCAGAAAAAAUUGAUGAUUCAAUGAACGAUAGUACAACCAUCAAUGAAGACAGUUCCAUUCUGAAUCGCUCGGUUACUGAUGAGGAGAAACGAUCGGUUGAUCAGCUUCUGCAAAUAAUUAAAUAUUUGCGAAAAGAGAAGGAUAUAGCAGUAGCGCAGUUUGAUAUUUUACGUUCGGAAAAUGUGCGAGUGCGAUCAGAGUUGAUGAUGUUCCAGAAAAAGCUGGAAGAUGCACAGGCAGAACUUAGUGCCGAACGGGAGAAGUCAGAGACUGGAGUGGUAACAACUGCCAAGCAUGAAGAGAUUCUGAGGAAGUUGGAGACGUUGAAUGCAAUAACCGACAGCAAUCGUAGCUUACGAGAGGAACGAGACGGUUUGAAUAAAAAGAUUAAGGAUUUGUCCGAGCGUUUGCUGAAAGCUGAGGAUGAACUUUUCCCGCUGCAGGAGAAAGUUCGAGAGUUAAGCGUGAAAAUAGAGUCUGCUACUAGCGAAAAUUCGACGCUGCGUUUGGAAGCAACACGUUGGAGACAACGUGCUAAUUUAUUAAUUGAACGUUCGAAUAAAACUAGUCCUGAAGAUUGGAAACGACUGCAGACCGAACGUGAGAAUCUAGCUAAAAUGCUGACCAAUGAAAAAGAACUACUUAAAAAGUCAAAUGAAGAGCUGAAUUCAAUCAGGAUUGAGAAGGGAAAAUUAGACACGGAAGUGACAAACCUCACUAAGCAGUUGGCUAGCGCGAAUGAGCAAAACAAGAAAUACGCUGACGAGUUGGACGUUUUGCGUCAAGCUGGUGCUAAAAUGACGGUAGAGAUUGGUGAGGUGAAGUCUACCCUCUCCAAGAGGGAUGAGGAUAUGAAAAAUCUAACAGAAGAACUGGCCAAUAAGGAAGAGCAGUUGACUGAUGCCAAAAAUAAGGAACAACAAAUAAGGAAGAUUGCCAAACGGUACAAAGAUUACUAUUUCGGUCUGAAGAAGACUGUGGAGGAGAAAGAAAGCGAAGACGGCAAACCUGCAACAGAAGCAGGCGCUGCGGAAACAGCUGGAGAAGGAAGUAGUAAUGAGUCGAAUAAGAUUACUGAAAACAAUGUGACUGAACUAAAAUCGCAGAUCACAUCUUCACAGGAGGAGAUUGAAAACCUUAAAAAGGAAAAUGAUACCCUUAAGGGUAAACUCGAAAAGGCUGAGCGUAACCAAGAUAUUCUAAAAGAUGUAAAACACCGGAUACUUAGUUUGACAGAGAUGAAAAAUAAUGUAACUCGCGAGCUGAACAACGCCAAGGCACAAAUUCAAUCGCUUGAACAUGUUCGCGAUGAAAACGAGUUACUGAAAUCACAAUACGAAGGUCGCAUUUCAAGGAUCACCAAGGAAAAUGCAGAUCAAGACAAGGAAAAGGCGGAUGCCAUCACGCGAUUGACACGAGAAAAUGAACAGCUUACCAUGAGGCUGAACCAGUUGACUCGUCAAUUAGGAUUGCAACAGGUUUCUAAACCAUCAACUAGCGCAUCAGGAUCAUCGGAGAAAACUUCAACCGAAAGUCCCCGUACAGCUAACGUUAAACCCAUCCCCGGUCCAAGUAGUGCUCAACAAUCAGCUACAGUAACACCGCGUCGUGGUAGUGAAACACCAUUGGCCAGUAUUCGUCCCAUGUCGGUUCAAGCCAGUAGCCGCACGGCUGCCGUUUUGCCUACCAGUCAGACCUCAAAUAACGUUGCUAUCGUACAAGGUUCUUCGUCGUCCUCAUCGUCCUCCUCGAAUACGGGCACUAGUGUUACAGCGUUAGUUCCACCGCAGCAGCAAGUACACACCACCGGCAGCAAUAACAAUUCAAACGAAUCAAUGUCCUCAUCGCCAACCAGUUCUCACACGGAUUACAUGCCAGCCACUAGCUCAGCUAAUGUUGCCGUUGCCGCUGUGCCACCGAUGGGAACAGCUUCUACUUCGUCCUCUACGGCCGAAAGUAGUUCACUGCAAGAGAAUGAAAGUCUACCUGCUCAGCAACCCAACGAACCGGGCCCCUCUCAGAUGCACGUUUCCGGUGGUCAACAACUUUCGUCACAAGCGGUCGCGCUUGUUUCUCCGCACAUCGAAGGAUCACCGGCUCAGACCGGCAGCACUUCUACCCAGGUGGCACAAUCAUCGCCCCAGCUACAGCAAUCGGUCCAGGAACAGCAAAAUCCUGCUCCCAGCACUAGCGGAUCGUCUUCAAAUGCACAGCAGUUAUCACUAAGCAGCCAUCAUCAGGCUUCAACCUCAAGCAAUACUGUGACUACUUCCCAAGGCAACGCUGGUCACAAGCGUCCUCGCGAUGUUGAAGGGGACAGUUCUACCGACACCGUGGAGCAACUGAGUGAGAAAUCGGCUCCGGUCAAUAAACGUACGCGUAUGCAGGGUGAAACAUUCCAGCGCCGAAUUUCUGAAAAGAUUUCGCCUUUGCAGGGCAUCAGUGAGUCCGGUUUAGAUGUUGAAUAUCAGGUGCCGACAUCUUCACAACGAGACCAAGAGGACGAUAUAAUCGUUGUGGACUCCGAGGAGGACGAAGAAGGUAUGGCGGACGAUGGAACAGCUGAUGAAGGCAACGCGGAAGCAGACGAUGGCCCAUUUGAAGGCUACGAGGCGGAAGAAGCGUACGAACAGGACGAGCCGGAAAUUGCGGGGAAUUACGACGAAGGUGAAGGCCCUGAUAUUGAUGAAGAUAACGUCCAAUCGGCGAACAAUGAGGUUGAUGUGGAUGAUGACAACGAAGUUCCUAAUCAGUCUGGAACAUCAUCUACGACUUCGAGUGCCCAAGUGGCACCAGACGUUGAAACGUCCAGCACGAGUGUUGGUCAAAGUAGCAAUGCAGGCCCGACGACGUCCUCGGAUGGACAACCGAGCGAAAGUGGUAACCAGCCGAACUCGAAUGAAGUUCAGCAAAUUCAAAGCAUUACCAGUGGAAGUGGUGAACCGUCGGGUCCUUCUACUUCUUCCGCCACGUCGACGGCUGCUACGGCCGCUGCAUCAACCUCAGCUUCCACAACGUCAUCUUCCACGUCGUCGUCUUCGGCGACGGCUGCUGCUGCCUCGUCGGCCACUUCUCAGGCCAUGGCUGCUUCACCGUCACAAAGCCGACGGCAGGUUAAUCCACUCGCUCGCCAACAGCAGCAGCAGCUUAUGUUGAUGCAGCAAAAUUAUGACGAAAGUGCCGAUGAUCGCAUCGUUCCCAGCACACCAACCCUAUAUGUACCGCGACGAACCGAUGGUUUCAGCGAAGCGGUCAGCUCGCCCCACCCGCAGGUUCCGAACGCUCGGUUCAUCUUUGUCGAAACAUCCCGCGGCACUGCCACGACAGGAGGUGCCCAGCUGCUUCCCGAGGGAAUUGACGACACCCGGAUGGAUCUUUCCCAGCUGGAUGAAUCGGGCGCAAACGUAAGACCUACGGGUCGAAGUGUACCCACUACACCACAGCAAACAUCACCGAACGAACACGAGCGCGCAGUUAUUCACGGAGGAUCCUCCUCGGCCGGUGUGACCGAAGGUAAUGAAGCCGAACAGGCGGGUGGCGAACAGUUGGCUCCGUGUGGCAGCUCAGUGAACGAUGUCGAGUUAGCCAAUGAACCGGUAGCUGGUCCGUCUGGGGUUGGAACGAGCGCGCCGUGUGAAAGUGAACGCGAAGGCCAAGUACCGGAAAUUACCGUUUCCGCCGCUGAAGAUGUUGAUGAUGAGUAUGGCAUUUCAGAAUCAGCAAUAUUAGAUCGAUCGGGUGUUAGCUCGGAAGCCACUGCAGCAGGAAGCGGACGAAGCGGUGAGCGUACAGAUGAAGACGAUAUGGAUUUGGAUAUGGAAGACGAGCGUGAUCGCAGCACAGAAUCUGCUGAUGGCGUUACGUCUGAAGGAGAGAAACAUUUACCAGCAAAUCCCAUGGACGAAGGCAGAGAAGCUGACGGUUUGGAGACUCCAAGUAGCAACACACGAUCCCGUUCGGUUCCGCGCGCAUCUUCGAGGCGUGGUCGCCGUUUCGGCCAGAGAGGUAGCACAACAACUCGAAACAUCACAUGGAACGAAGGAAGACCACUCAAUCGUUCGGGACCCUCAGUUGCCCAGCUACAGCAUCAUUCUCGUUCCCCUAUCGGAAGUCCCAACCGAAUGUAUCAUCAAGGACCGACACAACAACAGCAUUCUCAUCACGGACAGCAACAGUCCAGCCCACCUAUGCGUCGUAAUACUCGCUCGACGCGAAAUCGACGCUCCAAUACACACUAUCGGCCGUAGGAAUCGAGAGAGAUUUAGCUGGCACCCUGUGAGCAUUAUUUUUCUAUUCCAAAAACUAUUGGUUUCCGUACACGUAAGUUAAUAUUAUUUACAACCCUAUUCGACGAUAACAUUUUUUUCCAUAAGUUCGACUUGAUUGCUUGUGUACAAAAAUCAUUUGUAACUUCUUUGCGAGCUGUUGAUCUCGGAUCAAUUAAAUUACUUAUUUUAGGUAGUUUAGGUAUUUUAUGUAUUACCGUAUUAGACACUCCGACUGUGUAAACAUUUACGAAAAUUUUCUGCUUGAAGCUUGGAAAGAGAUGUAAUGAUAAUCACAUACUAUUGAAACAAUAUACUAUGCCUUCAAAGAAA